UGGAUAUACACCAAACUGAAAGUACGAGUUAAAUCGAAAGAGAGAGGAAAUUGUAAGUUUUAUUGGACCAGACAAGACUAUGGCGAAUAUGAUUCCAAUUCAUUGGCAAAAUGAGAUUGAUCAAGAACAUCAGAGUUUGAUAAAUAAUUUCCAACUUCCUUUUCGUGAAUCGGAUGCUUCGAGCCCAAAGGAAAAUCAAUUAACACCAACUUGGCAAGAUGAAAAGUUUCACCAAGCAGAUUUACCCAGCUACCAUGAACCAACAAAUCCCUCGGAACUACAAAUGGGUUUAUCACAACCGCCACAAACCCGAUUUUAUCAAAGUCAACCAAGAACCGAGGCCCACGCAAUUCGUUCACCGCUGGAUCCACAGGUUCAAGUUCAUCUACAUGACCGGCAGUUGUGGGAUAGUUUUUCAGCGGCACAGACUGAAAUGAUCGUUACAAAAACUGGAAGGCGAAUGUUUCCCGGCUAUCGAGUAAAAAUGUCGGGAAUGGACCCGAAUGCUCAAUAUUGCGUACUGAUGGAUAUUUCGAGCGUGGACGAAAACAGAUACAAGUUUCAACACGGGGAGUGGGUGGUAGCGGGUCGGGGAGAACCCCAAGUUCCGCAGAGAUUUUAUUUACACCCCAACUCACCUUGCAGCGGGCAACAAUGGAUGAAAGAAAUUAUUUCGUUUCAUAAAGUAAAACUCACAAACUCUUGUGGAAACUCAGCCGAUGGAAAGUUCCUCAUACACUCCAUGCAUCGGUAUCAACCUCGUAUCCACAUCGUUCGUACUGAUGACGUCAAUACUUUGCAUCUUCAACCGAUGUCAACUUUCGCUUUUCCGCAAACUGUUUUCGUCACAGUAACCGCUUAUCAAAAUCACGAGGUUACCAAAUUGAAAAUAAACAACAACCCAUUUGCUCGGGGUUUUCGCUCAAAUGGAGGAAAAACCAAAAAUAUGCUUGCACAAAACCAACAAUGCGAUCUUCAUGUCGUCGAACCAAAUAUCCCGCAAGAAUAUUCAAGAAAGAGAGUACAACCAUCUCAACUUGGCGACGAUCUCGCACAAAUGGCAAAACGCUGGCAUGGGAGCUCACCUUAUCAUGAAAAUAUUUACAAGACCCAACAUCCCAUACUGUCGCCAGCAUAUUCCAACACAACACAACAUCACUACAAUUCCACUUUCCAACACCCGAUGCCGCUGAAUGAAAUCAGUCACAACCAGCCAAAUAAUCAAUAUUAUCAGCCCUAUAAUCACUAUUCCCCUCCACAAGCACAAUAUAUUGAGAGUGAACAUUUUGACUUCAGGCCAGCACAGUCAAACAUGCAAGCGUCCCCGGUAUUUUCGGCAGACUCCAACAGCCCCACACACACAGAAUCACAUCUCGAGCUCAGCGUACCAACGACCACAUCUUCGUUUUAUAACCAGCAAGUCAAUUUAGAAAAUGUUGUUUCUCAAACACCUACCAGUUUCGUGCCCACGACGCACCCAAUUACUACUGCAUGCGGCACUGUACAAGUUGCCAACUGUUUUCGGUCUCCACUGGAUUCAACUGACGAGGGAUAUAUUUCUACGUCACUGAGCAACCCCGAUGAAGAAAUAAAAGAAGUCACCGACGUGAUCUCUACUCUAAAUGACGUAUUAUCGACGGAUGUUUCACCAAACAACAUUGGACCAGCCAACUCCAACUCUGCUGAAAUUAAUGGAGACAUAAGUUGUGCAAUUAAUCUUUUGGCAACCUCUGCUUCAUUUAGCCCGAUUUAUUAAAUGUAAAUAUUUUUAUGCGUCUCCCCAUUCUUGUAUUUAUGAUUUAUUUGUAUUUAUAAACCAAACAUCAGUUCGAUUUUGUACCGCGUGUUUUCCAAUACAAUUUUCUACACCAACAA